AAUAAAACAAUUCAAAUCAAUAGAAAUUAUUAUAAAUCAUUAUAUUUGUUUUUCAUAUUUGGCAAUGACCAAAACAAUCCAUACUUUUUUUUAGUUUUCAAAAUAAUAUAAAUACGCCAGUUUUUCUUGCUCUUUUAUAAAAACUAAUGAAGCAUUUUAAAAAUUAGCAAACUAAUUAGAUAUUAUAAUUUUUCACUAAAUCUCUAUCUAAAUCACUGCCUAAACCAUUAAAUAACCCAUUUCCUAUAUUAUACCCAGUAAAGUACUUACCAAAACCAUUUAAUAAAAAAAAACUCUGAAAAUGAAUUACCCAUAUCCAAAUCAAUUACAACCUAUAUUCUUACCACAAUAUUUUUAUAACCUAAAUAUAACUCAAUAUUCUGUUCAAGGUAGACAGUCUGGCCAAUCUUCCAAAAGACUACUUUCUCCAACAACUAAAUUGAUACUUAAAACAAACGAUAUAAACAGCCACAAUCAGUUUUUCAUUACUGCUACUUUAUUUGGUUAUUAUGACGAUUUUCUUUAUUCAAACCAAGAUAAUUUGAUUGGUUCAAAAAUUCUAUUCGGUGUUAAAGAGAAUAGUCUUCUUAAUAAUCUUAAUAAAGUUGAUUCUUAUUGUUUUGAAUUUAAAGAUCUAGCAAUAAGGAAAAUUGGUAAUUACAAAAUUAAAUAUGAUUUGUAUAAAUAUAACAUAGGCAUUGGCUCUACUUUUAUCAAAUCCCUCUUUUCCAGCAAAAUUACAAUAUAUUCUACAAGAUCUUUUUAUAGCAAUUCAAAAAAAAAAAGAGUGAAUAAUGAUAAUGAUAAUGUUAAUGUUAAUGUUAAUGAUAAUGACAAUGUUAAUCUUAAUCUUAAUGUUAAUGUUAAUAUAGGCAAAAUGAACAAUGACAAUAAUAAUGAAAACCAGAAUAACGAAAAAAAUAGUAAUAUUGAUAAAAAAAAAAAAAAAAAGUAUAAUAGCAAUAAUGACAUUUAUGGUACAGGUAUAAAUAAUGACAAUCAUAGUAAAGAUAUAAACAGUGACAAUUAUAGUACAGAUACAAAUGAUGAAAAUUAUAGUAUAGGUAAAAACAAUGUCCUAAUUAAUUUCCCAUCAUUUUGUAACUAUCACCUAGAUAUAAAAGUCAAACCAAAAUCUUUUAACAUCAAUCCAAGACUUUUAAACCUUGAUUCAGCCGAUAUAACCCCUGAUUUAAAGACUUUCAGUUUUUCAGGAGAUUUUGAAUUAGAUGUUAUUCCAAAGUUUUCUAACCAUUAAAAAAACCAAAAAAACAACAACAAACUGCAAACUGCAAACCAUUAUUUUAAACAACAUACUAAAACAUUACCAAAUAAGUUAUUAAACAAGAUAAUAGAAAACAUACAAAUGCUUUACAUAAACAAUUAGUCCAUAAUAUCCUAAGUCUCACAUCUUCGUAUUUUGUUUAUCUUUUUUAACAUUGUAGUAAAAACAAUUAAUAUGAAAUAAUAUAGAUUAAAAUGAAGAUUCUAAAAAAGCAAAAAAGGAAAAUUAAUGGUGGAAAAAUCAAUGG